AUGGCUUCCGACUUUCCCGUCAAAAGUAUGACGCCUGAGGGCUACGUUUUCCCCUCCCACCGGCUUCGGCGCACAUGCGACCCUAACAAAGUGCCCCUCGUCCUUGUCUCUCUCCGAUUACAUUCUUGCAUCUGCGCAUGUUUCCUAUGGCCAGGGAUCAUGCACGGAAUGAAGGUAAGAUUCGAAGUAGUCGGCGGCUAUCUGUCGCCCGUGUCCGACGCCUACAAAAAGAAGGGUCUAGCACCGGCACAUCAUCGAAUUCAAAUGUGCGAAAUCGCUGUCGAAAAUACUUCCAAAUGGCUCAUGGUUGAUCCGUGGGAGGCGGAGAAUCCGACAUACAUCCCCACUGCCCGUGUCUUGGACCACUUUGACUACGAGAUCAAUCAUGUCAUGGGUGGUGUUGAAUGCUCCGACGGCUCUCGAAAGCCGGCAAAGAUUGUCCUGCUGGCCGGUGCCGAUCUGAUACAGACCAUUAGUACUCCCGAUAUCUGGGAUGCCAAAGAUGUGGACCAUAUUCUUGGUAACUUUGGUGUCUUUGUCCUGGAACGAACGGGAACUGAGCUAGACUCGGCUUUGGCAUCGCUGAAGCCUUGGGAGAAGAACAUCCAUGUUAUCCGACAGGUAGACCCAUCCGCAUCACGCCAGUUACCAAUGCACCAGACACUGACAGAUGAUCCCCCAAGGUCGUAA